AUGGAUACAAAAUAUGUGUUCAGAAAUGGCCCUGACAACCCUCCGACUACCUUAGUCCUUGGUCCCAAAUACAUGGCAUCCAGGUUCUACCACCUUUCCCCACCUGAGGAUUUGAUGCUAGCUACAUUGUUGCUCAGACCUUUCCCUAUAUACAGUAGUUCAGAAACUGAAAAUGCUGCAAUCGUCACUAAGGAGAAAUAUGGAUCUGUUCGCCGAGUUUAUAUAGUAUGUGACCAAGAAAAUGAUCCUAAGCAAACAUGGUUGAUUGAAAAAGUGAUGGUCAUCUCUGGUUCUGAUCACAUGGCCAUGUUUUCUAAACCACAAGAGCUCUGCUCUUGCCUCCAGGACAUUGGUGAUAAAUACUUGUAA